AUGGCAAAAUGGAUGAUGGAGAACGAUAAGGUUCUCUACUUCGAUGUCCGACCGUACUGCUGCUGUUGUCACUGUCUCCCUGGAAUGAGGCCAAAUCCGACAAAGGUACGACGGUUAACAUAUUUUGUGAGACAGUCUCCUCUAGUACGAGUUUUUCUUCAAGUCAUCAUAGUGAUUCUCAGUGUCGAAGGCAUUUCCGAUGGAUCAGCAGUUCUUCAAAUCCUGAACGGUCUUGGAGUCGCCUCCACACUAAUCGCUGUCUUCAUAUGUCAUGUGAUUGUAACAGCAACUCGG